CAGGCGGACAGGACGGGACGGGACAGCAGAGGUUACGAGCCAUGAGGUCGCCGCUACUGUUUGCUGCGCUCGCGAUCGCCGCCGGGCUGCCCGCCGUCCAUGCGCAGGGCAUCGCUGACAGCUUCAUCUCUGGGCUGCUGGACUCGAUAACGAGCACGGAGGAGGCGAGGGACUGCCCGGGCAUGUGCGUGCACAAGUGGGCGACGCUGAUCUGCUACGAGGUGCUGGAGGACGUGGCGUGCCCGUCGGCCACGAUGCGCUGCUGCCUGGAGGAGCCGGGCAACGCCACCGCCGCCCAGCCGCCCGCGGCCGCCGACAGGCCCUCGCCGCCCCCGCCGCCGCCCCCGAAGCACCAGCCGCACACCAAGCCGCCGCCCUCCACCACGCGACGCCCACAGUCUUCAGAUCCUCCAUCGAAGUCCGAAUCUUCUACGACGUCUUCGCCCCCCACAGCAUCGGACAAAAAGGACACGGUGAAGCCCUGCCCGGGCCUGUGCGUGGCGGAGCGCAUCGCCGAGUACUGCGACGCGGUGCUGGAGGCGGCCGAGCUGUGUGGCGCCGGCAUGCGCUGCUGCGUGUCCCGCGACGCCUUCCCCGAAGCUCAGCCGCCGCCCAGCCUGGCCGAGCGCAACGCCAGCCGGCCCACGGCGCCGCCGCCCACGCCCUCUUCGCCGCCCCCCGCCGGCGCUCACCCGUCGCCGUCCCCGUCGCCCGCGGCGCCGAAGCAGCCGCCGCCGCCGCCGCCGCCCAAGCGCGUGCCCAAGCCUUGCCGCGGCGAGUGCGUGGGCAGCUUCCUCGCGCUGCUCUGCGAAGACAUCGACACCGAGGCGACGUGCCCUGACGACGGCAACUGCUGCGUCACCUACUACUCCCCGCUGGCGCCCUCCUCGCCGGUUCCCGCGCCUCUCAGCACCACCACCACGGCGCCGCCGCAGUCGACGCACGCGCUGCCGCGGUGCCCGGGCUUCUGCCUGCUGCGGCUGAUGUCGGGUCUGUGCGAGCGGCCGGCCGUGGUGAUCCCGCACACGUCGACGUGCGGCCGCGACUCGGUGUGCUGCGACAACACGCGCCAGCCGCCCACCACCAGCCGGCCGGCCAGGCCGCGGCCGCGGCCCACGCCGCCCCCGCAGCCCAGCACCACGGCGGCGCCCGACCCGCGGCCCGACUGCCCCGGCUCCUGCAUCGUCUCCUACCUCUCCUUCACCUGCUUCCGUAAUGCAGAAAUGACAGAUCUCUUCAAGUGCCGUAAGUCUGGCACACAAUGCUGUGCAUCAAAAACUCUCAUCCGUGAAACAAUUGAAGAGAAAUCAGGGCAUUCGUCAGACCAGAACCAUACUGUUACUGCAGUUGAACCGUAUCAUCCAACUUUAAGGCCAUCACAUCAUCCAGCACCACACAACCCAUAUACAACAAGUGUGGCUACCACAACUACCACUUCAACAACAAGACCACCAGUUUACAGCAAGUAUGUAUGUGGUGUGAAGGGUACAGCACGUCAUGGUAGAGUUGUAGGUGGAGAGGAUGGGGAUCCUGGUGAAUGGUGCUGGCAAGUUGCUCUCAUAAAUUCCCUAAACCAAUAUCUCUGUGGUGGAGCACUCAUUGGCACUCAGUGGGUUCUUACAGCUGCACAUUGUGUCACAAACAUUGUGAGAUCUGGUGAUGCUAUCUAUGUGCGCGUUGGUGACCAUGAUUUGACACGUAAAUAUGGAAGCCCAGGUGCACAGACAUUGCGUGUAGCAACAACAUACAUCCAUCACAACCAUAACAGCCAAACCCUGGAUAAUGACAUAGCAUUACUGAAGUUACAUGGACAAGCUGAGCUCAAGGAUGGUGUGUGUCUAGUCUGCUUGCCUGCCAGAGGAGUUAGCCAAGCAGCUGGAAAGCGCUGCACUGUCACAGGAUAUGGAUAUAUGGGAGAGACUGGUCCUAUCCCAUUGAGGGUCCGAGAAGCUGAAAUACCUAUUGUGAGUGAUGCAGAAUGCAUAAGAAAAAUCAAUGCAGUUACAGAAAAAAUCUUUAUCCUUCCAGCAAGCAGUUUUUGUGCUGGUGGAGAAGAAGGAAAUGAUGCAUGUCAGGGAGAUGGAGGUGGGCCACUGGUUUGUCAAGAUGAUGGAUUUUAUGAACUAGCAGGUUUGGUAUCUUGGGGAUUUGGAUGUGGCCGAGCUGAUGUCCCAGGUGUCUAUGUGAAAGUUUCCUCCUUCAUUGGUUGGAUUAAUCAGAUUAUCAGUGUAAAUAAUCUGUAGCGAACAGAGAUAAUAGAGCAUAAUUUCACUCUGUAAAUAACUCAUUCUAUUUAUAUCAUCAUUAAAUAUUUUUAUCACUGAGUUUACAGUAUCAUUUAGUGCAAUAGUAUCA